UCGGAAUAGCUUCCCGUGAGAGAGGUCGCGAGGGAUGAUUAGGGAAGAGGUUUGCGGCCGUGGCCUCGACGCUGUGAGAGGUCGGCGGGAAUGGACGAGGACGGGUUGCCUCUCGUAGGUUCGGGCAUCGACCUGACCAAGGUUCCAGCUAUCCAACAAAAGAGAACAGUGGCGUUUCUAAACCAAUUUGUGGUUCACACAGUUCAGUUCCUGAAUCGAUUUUCAACUAUUUGUGAAGAGAAAUUGUCAGCACUUUCCCUCCGUAUUCAGCAAAUUGAAACUUUGCUCAAUAUUCUGGAUGCAAAGUUAUCUUCUGUGCCUGGCCUAGAAGAUGAGAUCUCAAACACCAGUGUUAUGAAUGGCUCUGUCUCACAAAUAUUGGUAGAUCCACAGACAACAAAUGUAUCGCCUAACGUGGAGACCAGUGUACCUGAGUUGGGGCAACAGAAGACAGAUGGAACUGGUGAAAAUGUCAUCACUGUAGCAAAGGAUCCACGCUAUGCUAGAUACCUCAAAAUGGUUCAUGUGGGUGUUCCUGUUAUGGCAAUAAGAAACAAAAUGAUUUCUGAAGGAUUAAACCCAGAUCUUCUUGAAACACCAGAUGCUCCAGUGCCUGCAUGGGGAGAUGAGACAAAUGCAGGCGAAAGUUCUGAUAGUGAAUCUUCAUUUAGCGACUAAUGGUGUUGCCCUUGGUGGGGAAAUAUUUAACUUUUCCUUAAAAGCACUGUCUAGUCUUUCUCAAUGUUAAAUGCAGAUGUACAAACUUGUAACAUGCUUUCCUGAAUUUCUUGAGCCAUAUGAGGUAUUGUCUAAAAGCAGCAGCUUUGCACAGUAAUAUAUUCAUUUUGUAUAGAAUUUAGACUAAAAGCCCAGUUCAGUAAAACUGACACAUUAUGUAAUUACAUUACCUUAUAUAAGAUGUGGUGUCUUUGACUUAGGUAAAUGUUGUCCUAAGAAUAUCCAGGGUGAAGCUGAAGAUGGGACUGAACUCACAUACACCCUCUUUCCAUCUAAAUUAUGCCACCCUGCAUAACUUUCAAUAGUACAUAAUCUUGUAAAUUACAAGGAUUAUUUUUAUAUCUAUUCCUGGUAACCGUUCAGAAUUCAGUGAAUGCUGAUCCGUGUCUCCAUGUUGUAGGAGAAUUCAAAGCACCAUAUUCUACCUUUGGAAUAGAUGCACAGAUUUUGUUUAUUCCAUGAUUUAAGAAUUGAAAAUAGGAGUGGCAGGAAGAAGGACUGAGGACAAAGGGGAAUGAUGUCUGUUUGAAAUUAAUGGGCAUCAUUUUGUUUGGGCAAACUACUGCCUCUCUUUUUUUUUUUCCCUUAUAGUAUCCAGUUACCAUCUUUGCAAAUAUAACCUUUGGAUAGUAGCCGAUUGUAUCACUAUUAUCCUGCCUGGCAAAGCAUAUGGGGUAUUUCCUUGUUAUAAAAUUUUCUUCUUGAGAAUUACAGUGAAUUCAGUAUAUAGAAGAUGUAAAAUAUAUAAAAAUGAAUAAAUUCUGAACACUGUUAGAAAGACAUAAUUUCCUAACUUUUCAUGUGAUAACAAAGUACUGAUAAAUUGAAGGGGAGUUAUAACUAAACAACCCACAACAUUACAUUGUUUCAAAAGGCUGCCAUUUACUCAUCAAUUUUUUUCCAAAAUCCAUUAGCCUUCUUAUAGAGAAACUUAGUAAUGAAUGAUUAGAAACAUAUCCUUCUAGAUUUUUUAAAAAAAGAAAAAAAAUUCUAGGCCCCUUCAUGUAUUAAACAAUGCAUAUUUUUCAGAGUUUAGUCAAUUUCAUCAAUAAUAUUAAUUUCACUAAAGACCAUAAUAGAUUUUAAGUAUUCUGUAAGUGUGCAUAUAUGAACUACAUUUUCACAAAGUGUUAAGCCUGAAUCUGACGGAAUACCUUAAAAUAUAACAAGGAAAUAUUUGACACACCCCAUCUCCAUAUUUUAUUGGCUCUGCUUCUCCCAAUAAUAGAAAGUGUUUUCAGUACUAUUAAUUAUCUCUGAGCUGGAAGUCCUAAUUAGUCAUUAAAAAUAUAUUCUGGCAUUUGAAAUGUAUUUACAGUUCCUAGUUUGUUUGAGAGUCUGGUUGAAAUCUAUCUUUAUUAUCACCCCUCCUAAUGCAUUUCUGGCUACUGAAGCAUCUUCUGUGAUCCAGAGAAACCAAAAACGAGCUAGUGUACUGUAACAUGCAUAUAAAGAAAAAUCCAAAAUAAUUUAUGGUUUUUGCAUUUAUGUUCCUUUAAUGGAACAUUUAAAAACAUUACAUUACUAUUGUUCCAUUCCAUCUGUCCCGACUGCUGUUAGCUGUGACUUUUCCACUUAAAGGAAAAUAAACGUAUUGAAGCAGCCCUCAGGCUGUCUUCCCACAUCACCCGCCUGAGUUUGUUUGAGAUCUACUAACACAUCCUGUAUAUAACAGAAGCCAAGAUGGCCAUUAUGUAGCAAUAUUAAAGUUCAAAAAAUCUCUGAAGUAUGGUCUUCUUGGUUAGCAGAACUGUAGUUAUGGCUCUGAACUAGAAUCUCUUGUUAAAUAAGUUGGGACAAAGCAUCCCAGACCAUUUAGUGCAACCUGUUUCACAAAAGGUCAAGGCAUCUUGUUUCAGGAAACAAAUUUAGAAGUGUAGUAUUUUGAUUUGCUGCCUAAUGAAAUGCACAUUAUAUCCUACAGCAACUGGAACUUGAUUUUGUAUUAUUUGAAAAUAAGCAAAAAUUACAUUUUGUACUUUAAAAUAAUGGUUCUAUUGCUACAUGUAGAAUUUCUUUGGAAAUAAGCAAAUAACACUGGAAAAAUCAUAAUUUAAAUGCAUAAAUUGCAUUGAUAUAGAUUGUAUUGCAAGAGGAAACAAAUUGUUCUCCGAUAGUUAUCAAAUUAUUAAAAUGUAACUUGUGUGUAAUAUAGUAAUACAUAUGCUUCAUUAAUACAUUAAAUCAGUAGCAAAGCAGUAAUUAUGUUUAAAAGACAAGUAAUUAAAUUUUAUUUUAAUUAAAUAAUAUUUAUUUUAUUAAAAUUGUAUUUAUUUACAAUUAAAUUUUAUUUUAAAAACACUUCAAGGCAAAAGCUUUUAUUUGGCCUAAGUAAGAAACCUAAAUUAUUGAGCGAAUAGCUACAUUUGAUUUACAGAUUAAUAAAAAAUAAAGCUGUAAUUAUUUUCCCAUCCAGUUUCACAAACUGCCUGAAAAUCUAUCUAUAGACUCCCAAGUAAGAAUCCCUGCUUUAGAUCUAUAGAUCCCCAACCAACCUACAAAGGCCAAGUUCAUAUUAUUCAUUUUCUUACUAGAUUAUCCCAUUUUGUACACACACAAUCCAUUGAAUUGUAUACUAACCAAAUGGGACUGUCAUGUGUUCAUACAACUUGCUUAGUUUCUUUUUUUAAAAAAAUCCAUUUGCAUUUUAGCAGACCUGGUUCAUCCUGUAUAUUACAACCUACAGCCAAAAAAAACAAGUCUAGAGUACCGUAUUUUUCGGACUAGAAGACGUACUUCCCCCCCCCCCAAAAAAAGUGGGUAGAAAUGUCUGUGUCUUAUAGAGUGAAUAUUGCAGUGGGGAGAGGGGUUGGUGCGGCUCUGGAUUAGCUGUUCUAGGCGGCGGAGAUCGCUGCCAUCGCCAUCUAUUGCCGCCGCCCGUUCAUGGCAAUCGGCGGCGAACAGGCUGUGGGGAACGAGCCUCAGCGAACGGGCCACAGCGGUGGCGAACGGGCCACAGAGGCAGAUUUUUUUUUUCUUGUUUUCCUCCUCUAAAGUUAAUGUGUGUCUUAUAGUCCAGAGCAUUUUAUAGUCUGAAAAAUACGGUAAUUCGUACUAAAUCCAAGUUUUAAAAAAACCUUAGUUGGAUAUUGUAAUGGUUUUCCUAACUGAAACUGGAAAAACUGAUUAUUAUGAAGAGAAAAGUUUUCCUGCUGAAAAAUAGCGUAAGAGUUCACUCUUAUGCUAUUUUUAGAUAAGAAAACUCUUCUCUUUAGGUAAUUGUACCAGGUUACUCCAGGUAUUUAAAAAAUGUGCUGGUAAAUAAGUAACAUUUUGCCUGACAAAAGGGCUAGUUGAGAAUUAAAGCCAUGGAUAAUCCAUCAUAAUAAUCUGGAGAAAGCCUGCUGUUAUAUUUUGUUUGCCUUUAUACACAAAACAAUGUUCAUAAAGCAAUUUCAUGCCAGCAGUGAGGAAAAUAAACUCCAGGUAUCCUGGAUUUCACUAUCCCACUAGCUUUAAACAUGCCAAUCUUUGAUUUCUUUUAUUAAAAAAUGGAGGUAGAAUGGCCAAAUGUAUGUAUUUAUUUUUUUCGAUUUUUAUCCCACCAUUUAUUAUUUUAUAAGUACCGUAACUCAAGGCAGUGAACAUAUCUAAUAUUCUUUCCUCCUCCUCUUUUCCCCCACAACAACCCUGUUAUGGUUUAGGCUGAGAGAGAGAGUGACUGGUCCAAGCUUUUCAGGAAAGCCCAAGACUGGCUUUCAUGCCUAAAGCAGGACUAGAACUCACGGUCACCUGGUUUCUAGGCUAGCACCUUAACCAGUACACUACGAGUGGUCAAACUCGCCGAGUCAUGUUGCCAUCACGUGACAUUUUGCGAUCUUUUUCCCAUUCACAGAGCUGGGGUAGGUGUGGCCUGCACGUGAUGCAUCCGGCCUGCGGGCCGCCAGUUUGAUACCCCUGCACUACACCAAGCCAAACAAAUGUGCAGAAGAUCAUUUUUUUUUAUUGUAUUUAUUAUCUAUCAAAUAGCCAAAGUUUUCUGGGAUUGCUUAAAAACACUCUACUGCUAUAUAUGUCAUUUGUAUAAUUAUAACAUAAUUGAUAUAAAGAUUGCCUGAGCAGGAUGAAACAUUUCCCCAAAAUUCAAGAACAAAGCAUGAAGGACAAUGUGAACAGAAUUAUCCACUUGAGAAUUAUCACAUAAUAAAGAGAGGAAAUAGCCUUUCUGCCAGCUAUUUAAGUAGAAAUAAAAGUCCUGCAUGCUAUUGACCUCAAAUAUUUUUAGUACAUUAAUAUACGUCAUUGUUUUUGGUACUUUAUAACAAUUACAUUGCACUGUUCUUACCUAAUGGACUGGAAUGACUUCAGAGCAAAAAUAUUACCAGAUUAGCUAUAUCUUUCAUUCAGGCUACAACAGGCCAAGAUAAAUUGAAAGUGGAUUUUUUUUCCCCUUCCAUUUUUUUUUCCUUUCAGCUAAAUAAGUUCAUUAGUUACAAAUAUAUUGGGAAGUCAUCAGAUUGCCUAAACGGCUUAGCUCAGAUUGGCACUGACUAUUAGAAUCUUUCAUGGAACCUUUGAAUUGUGCAAUGAAAGAUCAAAUGGAAUUUUUUUAAAAAAAAUAUAGCAGCAUGAACUACUGAAAAAAGUUUUUCCCCAUCUGUUGGAAUGAGAUUGAAUGGAUUUAUACGAAGAUUUAAAAAUAAAAGAUGUUAAGCAUAUUUCCCCCAAAAUAUCAUUGAUUACUUGACCUAGACUAGAAUACGUGUGCAGCAAUUGGCCCAAUUUAUAAAGAAUAUUUUAUACUCUCAUAAAAUUUAUGGGAACUUUAACUGUUCAUCCCCGGCUCAAACUGAUAAAUUUAGCACUCAUAUAAAGCCAGAGAUUCUUUAUCAUUUUAACAUGGCAUUUUUUAAGGAAAAUUCAAAACAUUUGAACACUUAACAUUAAAAAUAUAGUACGAGAGGAUUUUUUCUCAAGUUCAAAUUUAAAAAUAUGAAUGGUGAAUUAUAUCCCCUUUUUUUUCUUUUUUGCAGUAAUUCCUUUAUAGAAUGUGAUAAAUACAGCAAGAGUGCAAUACUCACAGUUGAGAAAUACUAUGGAUUUCUUUUAUCAAUAAAAUUUGGUUGCAACCAAAAUAAUAAAUCUGAUAUAGUAACCUGUAAGUAUAUAGCAGAGCUAUGGUUGAAAAUUUCACAUGUAAUUUUGGUGCCUGAAGAGUAAAUCCAAGUGACUGGCCAACUAAUCCAUCCACAUUGUACUUGAUUAGAUACUUAUUUAGUUGUACAUACAUAUAUGCAUACAUUGUGAAAAGUGAUUGACUUUGUAAUAAAUAUUCAUGGAAAUGGAAAUUGUG